UUUCCGCCGAUUUAAAAUGGCCAACUUCGGCUAUUUCCGCCGGUGUCUCGUCACUUUCCGGCCAUUUGCUGCGUGACUCCCGUCACGGACGAACCCAUUUCGGGACUUUCCGUCACUGUUAAAUCCCCACCUUCGGCAAUUUCCGCCGACAUUUAAACUUCGCCCUCGGACGAGGAGAGGAGGAAAGAUGGCGGCUGCCCCGCUGUACUGUGUGUGCCGGCAGCCUUACGAUCUCAAUCGCUUUAUGAUCGAAUGUGACAUUUGUAAGGACUGGUUUCAUGGCAGCUGUGUGCAGGUGGAGGAGCAUCAUGCUGCUGAUAUUGACGUCUAUCACUGUCCUAAUUGUCAUCCAAUCCACGGACCCUCCCUCAUGAAGAAGAGGAAUAACUGGCACAGACAUGAUUACACAGAGGAGGAUGAUGGGAGGCGGCCGGUUCAGGCAGGAACAGCGGUGUUUAUACAGCAGCUGCAGGCCAGGAGCUUCCCCAGUGCUGAUGAGCUGGUGGUGCGGAUGCAGGGAAGUCAUGUGACACGGCAUUACCUGGAGACUGAGGGCUUCUAUUACCCCAUCAUAGUGCAGGACAAGGAGGGUCUGGGGCUCAGAGUGCCCCCACUAUCCUUCUCUGUCAGAGAUGUCCAGCACUACGUCGGUGGAGACAAAGUGAUCGAUGUGAUCGACGUGGCCAGACAAGCGGACAGCAAGAUGAAGCUGAGUGAGUUCGUCAAGUAUUAUUACCAACCUGAACGUCCGAAAGUGCUCAACCUCAUCAGCCUGGAGUUCUCUGAUACCAAGAUGGCUGAGCUGGUGGAGGUGCCAGAUAUCGCUCGUGAGAUGUCAUGGGUGGAGAAGUAUUGGCCGGACGACUCCAUCUUCCCCAAGCCGUUUGUGCAGAAGUACUGCCUGAUGGGGGUAAAGAACAGCUACACCGACUUCCACAUAGACUUCGGAGGAACCUCCGUGUGGUACCACGUCCUCUGGGGAGAGAAGAUUUUUUAUCUGAUCGAACCGACCAAGACCAACCUCGCGCUCUACGAGUCGUGGAGCUCGUCGGCCAAUCAGAGCGAAGUGUUCUUCGGAGAAAAAGUGGAGAAGUGCUACAAGUGUGUAGUGCAGCAGGGCACCACCGUACUGCUCCCUACAGGUUGGAUCCACGCAGUUCUCACGUCUCAGGACUGCAUGGCCUUCGGGGGAAACUUCUUACACAACCUGAACAUCGGCAUGCAGCUCAAAUGUUACGAGAUGGAGCGGAGACUGAAGACUCCAGAUCUGUUUAAGUUUCCGUAUUUCGAGGCCAUUAGCUGGUACGUGGCCAAGAACCUGCUGAGGACACUGAAAGCUCGCAGCUCAGAGAUCACAUCAGGAAAACAAGGAGAGCUGCGGGACGAGAAGCGUCAGCCUCAGGAGUAUCUGGUAGAAGGAGUAAAAGCUUUAAUCUCUGCCCUAAAAACCUGGCUGAGGAGGGAGUUAACGGCACCAAACAGCGAGAUUCCAGACCACAUCCGGCCGAGCCUCCUGAUCAAGGAGCUGAGCAGAGAGAUCCGUCACCUGGAGGUGCAGGAGGAGGAUCCGAGUAAACCGGUGAAAUCUCAGGGAAGCGUAGAAAGUGCAUCCGCUCACUCCUCGCUCGAGAGACGACAUCACGCGCAACGGGUCACUCAACGACUUAAACCUCACCACCACCACCACCAUCAUCAUCAUCAUCAUCUUCAGCAUCUUCAACAACAGCAUGAACAAGAUCACCACGAGCCCAAACUCCGAUCAAACCUGGACAUCCUGGAGCUGCAUACUCGGGAAGUGCUGAAGAGGCUGGAGGUCGGCCCUCUGGAGGAGGACUCCGACGUGAGCUCCAAGGUGAACGCGAAGUUUAAGAAGGUUGUCCAGCCCUCUACUGUAGCGGUCGAUGGUAACCAUGACAACGCACUGCGGCUUGUGCUAUGUAACGGCAGGAUCGUGUGCGAGAGGCUGCGUCUCGGGAACAGAGCUCUGAAAGACGAGAUAUCGCCAUGCCAACAGCAUCACGUUAGACCGGAAAAGCCAUCGUCAUGCCAACCAGAGAAAGUGAAAGUGGAGGCAGGUCAGGUCACUCGUCAUGAACUCAGGAUAAAGCUGACAAAACUCUCACGGUUGCAGAAGGAAGAGGAGGAUGAAGGGGAAGAGGAGCAGGACAGUUCAGAUUCAGGGAGCUCUGAGGAUGAAGAGGAGUGUGAAAUGCCUAAGAUGAGAAACUCAGGGAGUCAACAUCACAAACCACUCAAAAGGGAGCGUCCUUCCUCCCCCAGCAGGGUGCCAGACGGGGGCGCUGUGCCUCAGGAGGUGUGGUGCAGUAGCAGUGCAGUGUGUGUCAGCAGUAAGGCGAGUGCAGUAGAGGAGUGUUUAUACACAGAGAGUUCACUCUCUCAUGUACUCCAUCCAUCAAAACGACACACACACAACUCGAGCCCCAUCAGCAACCAGGCCACUAAAGGAAAACGUCCGAAGAAAGGCAACGCGACGUCCAAGCAGAAGCUGAGCAAGCUGAUGAAGAUGAGCACACACACUCGCUUGCUGCUUUAACACAACAGCAACACGCAUCUCACUACCUAACACACACACACACACACACAUACCUUGCAUGUUUAAGCUUCAAGGUAUGUAGGAAUGGCACUAGCACGCUGAAGAUAGCACACAUGCUCUGAGAAAUUAAGUGAUGAUUUAAUAGAUAAAUACAUUUUUAAAAUGUAUUUAACAUUCAAGAAAGAAAGAUAGAUAAGCAGUGCAGGGAAAUCUGUGAUGGAAUUAGCCAAAUGUUUCAGGAAGUGUUGUUUGAGUUAUUUAACUAGGUCCUGUCUGUGACUACAGUGUUUCCACACUAACACCCUUUUAAUCACAACUUUGCAUUACUGCAAUAUGAAUGAGUUUAUCUGUGACUUUUUUUUUUUUUAAGAUGAAAACAAAUAGA